ACAACGAUUGUUCCUCGAGUCGUAACACAUGUUGCUCUCCAAAGAAAUGUAAUAAAAGUUUCAGUUGCAUGAACGAUAAGGACGAAGACUGUAUCGAUUCAGUCCAAAGUCGGCAAGAUUCUUGUUGCAAACCUAAGAAGAAAGAUUGUUGCAAUCGUAGCUGUAACAGAUCAAAAAGUUGUGGUAACAGACGUUAUCACUCUGGAACGAAAUCUCGUAGGACAAAAUCUUACGUGUCCAUUCCAAUAUUCGACGUCAGUGUGGUCGUAUUAAGACCCUAUCAAAACGAUCCCGUCCUACGGUUCUACAGCACUUGCGAAAAUGAUUGGAAGCCACCAUCGUUAUGUAAAAAGGAUAAACAGGAAAAAUGUAAGCCGAAGUGCAAAAAACCAGAACCCCCCAAUUGUUUAAAUGCCAAGAAAAGUAAUUGUGACAAGCUGCUAGAAAGUGUAUCUCUAUCAAAGAAUUCUUGUGACAAACCAAAGAAGGAUCCGUGUACUGUUAAGAAAACCGAUGACACAUGUUGCCAACCAAAAACUUGUGAUCAAAAAGAUACUCUUCAAGCCAGGUGGGACAGGGAAUUACAGGAAAUAAAGAAAUGCAAGAAUAUCGGUAAGAAAGAUUCGUGUAAGAAGACGUGCGACGAAAAUAAAUGUAAUAAGUUCGAAUCGAUCGAUUUAUCGGACGAUUUCGAUCUUCGAUGUCCCUCUUUCCAACUCAGCAAGUCGUUUAUACCGUUUUGCCUGGGAACAAGCGACUCGUCUCUGUUGAACUUUGGGAUAAAAUCUAAUAACAUACCCAACCGAUCGUUCUCUAUGACAAAAAUUACAAAAGAUAUUUAUAGAGACGAGUUGCCAAUCCUCGUUGAGACUGAAUUGCCUGAAAAAGAAUGGGUCGACGAAGAGUCAUCUUCCGAAUAACGAUAAUUUAUUUCGAUUACUAAUUUGUUAAUCCGAAAAACAUCUAUAAUAUGUUUAAAGAAAAAGAUAACGCGAGGGAAAUGCUAACCGUGAAACUCGGUACAUCCCAUGUCCUUAUAUGUCGGUGCAUUGUCCUUUAAUAUAAUACAGAAUCGAAUAUUGAUUUAUAGAAACUUUUCAAACAAUAUAAUUCCUCAUUAAAAUAUCCGUUCAUUCCUAUUCCCAU